AUGCCCCGGAACCGGGCCUUCUCAGAGCCGGAGUGCUCCGCUGAGUAUUCGGCCGACUGCUCGGUGACGCUGCCGUCGGACCCGGGCCAGGCGGUGGGCCGGGCCCAGGAGGUGACAGUGCGCAGCACAGGGUGCUGCAUAUGCCUGCCGCGCUUCAUGCGGCUCACCUUCUCGCCGGACUCGCUGGAGAACCUGUACCAGACCUACUUCCGGAGGCAGCGGCGCGAGACCUUGCUGGUGCUGGUGGUGUUUGCGGCACUCUUCGACUGCUACGUCAUCGUCAUGUGUGCCGUGGUCUACACCGACGACAAGCUGGCCACCCUGGUGGUGGCGUCGGUGGGCCUGGCCGCUCACGUCCUGCUCUACCUGCUGUGCCGGCUGGGGCUGCUCCCCGACCGCGUGUCCCGCAGGGUGGUGCCCUACACCCUCUGGGUGCUCAUCGCCGCCCAGGUUUUCUCCUACCUGGGGUUGAACUUCGCCCGCUUCCAUCAGGCUAGCGACACGGUAGGAUGGCAGGCCUUCUUCACGUUCUCCUUCUUCCUGACUCUGCCACUCCGUCUGACCCCCAUCGUCCUGAUCGCCGCCGUCUCCUGCGGUAUCCACACGCUGGUGCUGGGGGUGACCAUCGCUCAGCAGCAGCAGGAUAACCUCCGUGGGGAGGCGCUGGCCAGGCAGCUCCUGGCCAACAUGACGGUUUACCUGUGCUCCAUUACGGUCGGGGUCAUGUCGUACUACAUGGCUGACCGCAAACACCGCAAGGCCUUCCUGGAAGCACGGCAGUCCCUCGAGGUCAAGCUAAACCUGGAGGAGCAGAGUCAGCAGCAGGAGGGUUUGCUGCUGUCCAUCCUGCCGAAGCAUAUUGCCGAUGAGAUGCUUCGUGGUAUGAAGAAGGAGGCCAGCCAGAAGGAGGCCAGCCAGAAGGAGGUGCAGCAAUUCAACACCAUGUACAUGUAUCGCCAUGAGAACGUCAGCAUCCUCUUUGCGGACAUCGUCGGCUUCACGCAGCUGUCUUCAGCGUGCAGUGCGCAGGAACUCGUCAAGCUGCUCAAUGAGCUGUUUGCUCGCUUCGACAAGCUGGCUGCUAAAUACCACCAGCUGAGGAUCAAGAUCCUGGGCGACUGUUACUACUGCAUCUGCGGUCUGCCGGACUACCGCGAGGACCACGCCGCCUGCUCCAUCAUGAUGGGCCUCGCCAUGGUGGAGGCCAUCUCGUACGUGCGCGAGAAGACCCAGACGGACGUGGACAUGCGAGUCGGCGUGCACACCGGGACCGUGCUGGGGGGAGUCCUGGGACAGAAGCGCUGGCAGUAUGAUGUCUGGUCCACUGACGUCACCGUCGCCAACAAGAUGGAAGCAGGAGGGAUCCCAGGNNGUGUGCACAUCUCUCAGAGCACCAUGGAGUGCCUGCAUGGGGAGUUUGAUGUGGAGCCCGGGAACGGCGGCGAUCGCUGCGAGUACCUGAAGGAGAAGGGCAUCGAGACAUACUUGGUGGUCGUGCCCAAGGGCCCGGUCGGGAGGAACGGAAUCAACGGGGUGAAGCUCUCAGUAACCUCCUCCAAUGGCAACUCCCCAGUCCUGAUCAACACCACACAGUGUAAUGGGAGUGUCCACACCACCUGCACCACGCCCGAGGAGCCUGAGGAGCUCGACACGCAGGUUGUGAACCCAUCCUUCCCAAACCCCCGUCGCCGCUUGCGACUGCGAGACCUGGCAGAGAGGGUCAUCGAUGCGCAGGAGAAUGAGCAGGAGCUGAACAAACUGCUGAAUGAAGCACUGCUGGAAAGAGAGAGCUUACAGGCUCUGAAGGGCCGGCACACCAACCAGCUGUCCCUGCGCUUUGUGGAUCCUGAUCUGGAGACCCGGUACUCUGUGGAGAAGGAGAAGCAGAGUGGGGCAGCUUUCAGCUGUUCCUGCAUGGUGCUGCUGUUCACUGCUGCCAUGGAGGCUCUUAUAGACCCCCAGUUGGUGGUGAACUAUGUGACCCUCAUAGUGGGCGAGAUCCUGCUGCUCAUCCUGACUAUCUGCUCGGUGGCUGCCAUCUUCCCACGGAUGUUCCCCAAGAAACUGGUGUCUUUCUCAACAUGGAUCGACCGCACGCGUUGGGCCCGCAACACAUGGGCCAUGGCAGCCAUCUUCAUCCUCACCAUGGCGGACAUCGUGGACAUGCUCAGCUGCUUGCAGCCUCCUCUGCUGCCAAAGAACCACAGCCUAGGAGACGUUCUGGAGUCCUUUGGCGAUGGGGGCUGCUCGGAGAAUCCCAAGUACUACAGCUACAUUGCCAUUCUGGCACUCGUGGCGACCACCAUGUUGGUCCAGGUCAGUCACAUGGUCAAGCUCACGCUUAUGCUGCUCAUCACUGUGGCAACCGGCGUGGUCAACAUUUACAGCUGGAGGGACAUCUAUGAUCAGUACGACCUCUUCCGCUUCAAGGAUUAUAGGCUGUCCAUGGUCCCCUCCAAAUACCAGAUGACCGUGAUGAUUCUCAUCAUGAUGCUCAGCUUUUACUACUUCUCCCGUCACGUAGGUCUUCCGUAUGCGUGUGGAGUGAGCCGGGUUUGCUCAGGGGAUCUGUCGGGUGGUGAUGGUGAUACAGUACAGACUUGUUGGGGCCCUAACGGCCUCCUGCAGCUUGGACAGUGUAUCAACACACACAUUUUUGAUGUCGUAAGCUGUAAUCAGAUGGGGGCUCAGAGUGCUUGCACCUUGGAGUGACCCCUCUUGGCCGAUCCCCAUUCCCCCUC